UGAGAGAUUCUCCCCCUCUCGUGGGCUAGUUAGUCUUCCACCGCGCUGUGGGGAGAGCGAAAUAUAGGGUUCUUCGCGGCGCGUCUCGUCCGGGCUAGCGGGCGGCGCUGCUCCAGGUACUGGCAUUUGGAAUUUCUGCGCUUUACGAGUGAAUCGGGAAUCGCGAAUCUAGCAGUUCGCAUUGCCUUGCUGUGCUGCUUUUGGAUUGUGGCUGGGUGAUGAUGGGAGUGUCUCCUGUGUGUGGGGAAAAUAUGCCGUGACCAGCAUCAAAGGCGUGAUUGAAUUUGCCUGUGUGGAGCAUCUGGAACAGUGAAUUCGAGUAUCAGGAGUUUCCUUUUCUGUGGCUUGGUCUCGCCCCUCUUUAUGCUUUGUUCCAGCGACUGAUGCCGUUGAAUGGAUUUCCCUAUAUAUUUGAUGCCAAGUCUUUGAGGAGCUCCAGCGAGGGUCACAAGUCUUCCUGGUGUUGUUGUUGUUGUCUGUCGUGAAAAAUGGGACGAUAUCCAUCGGGUCCAAAGAGCUGUGUGAGUGAUCCUUCGUGUGAUGUGCUCAUCACGAAGGUCACGCAUCCUGCCGUUGUGACGGUGUUUUGCUACUGGGGAUUUGUCUUGCUCGUCUGCUGUUCUUUCCAGAUCUUGAAGCUCUGGCUGAUCCGAAAGAACCCAGUCAAGCCCGUGUUUCUACGGGAAGAAGCUCCAAAGUCUUCCAGGCCUGCCACAGGCAGCGAAGGUGCCUCAAGGUUUCAAGGCCAGGAGUUCCUGCUGGAGCCGGAGGAAGCAAAAGAGCUGCUUGUGACGGGCUACACUUGGUCCUACUUUGGCGAGUUUUGCUACUGCGUGUGCUGCCUGACGUCGUUGCACUGGCUGGCACUGUAUGUCGUCAUUUUGUUCGACACGUACAACAAGUGCGACAUUGGUGGAAUUGACAAUCUCUGCUUCUUUGGCAACUAUUUUAUCUUUGGAACCUACGAGCUGAAUGCCAAGGUCUUCUUCACUGUCUGGUGGCUAUCGGUUGUGUGGUACACCACCUGGGUGCUGUUUAAAGGGAGGGUACACAACUGGUUUCGUCUUCCAUGUCCGUUGUCUCAAGCGACUGUCGCUUUUGUUUGGGCCAGAGACCGGGAAGAAAUCCUCUCAGCGAAUGCGUUUGCUCUUGUCUACAUCAUUCGUCGCUUCAAGAAUAUAAUUAUGCCUCCAGAUGCUCAGGGCCAUUUUGAGAUUGUCGAUAUCCUUGAGACUGCCUCAGGGAAACGUUAUUUUCUCUUUGAAGGGCUUCGUGUUCUCGUGGAUGGUUCGCAAAUCUCCCAUGCGCGCAUCCAAGUAGGAGCACUGCUCUCAGAUUUUCAUCAGUCUCCAACUGGGCUUAGUGCCGAGGAUUCUAGCAAUCGUUUAGAGCAUGUUGGUUUGAACAAAAUCCCGUUCGAACCCGAGCCAUUAUUUCAGAGUAUCUGCGACGAGCUCUUCACUUUUUUCCACGUCUACCAGCUCAUCAUGUACAUAUUGCAGUACUGGAACAGCUAUCUCUUCGUUGCAGCACUUAUGACCUGCAUUGUGCUGCUAAGCUCCUCGAUCACCAUCUAUACACGAAGGCGAAGCCAGUACACGAUUGCUGAGAUCACGAAAAUAAAAACGGACGCUGAGGUACUUCGGGGCGGGUCCUGGACUACCGUGGAUGCUUCUCUUCUUGUCCCUGGAGAUAUGGUCAGAGUGAAAAGCAACUGGCUUUUACCCUGUGACUUCCUUAUUCUUCAAGGUUCAUGUAUUACCGAUGAAAGCGCCUUAACAGGCGAAGCGAUGCCUGUUCAAAAAUAUGCAGCUCCUAAUGUUUCUCUUUCGUAUCAGUCACAAGGGAAUGGUGCUAGACAUACACUUUUCUCUGGUACCACCGUGUUACAAGCAGGCAGUUCUGGUGAAGAAGUUCGAGCUAUUGUUGCAGAGACAGGGAUGAACACGUCAAAGGGGCAAAUUUUAUCGUCGAUACUCUAUCCUCAAAAGAUGAUUUUCAAGUACGACGAAGAGCUGCCUAUUGUUGCCUUCUUUCUCGUUCUCUACGGUAUAGUCUGUUUCGCCAUUUCGAUUGUCUUCCAGAACCACGCCGGUGCCCAAAGUUACUGGGUCACCAAAUGGAUUUAUUGUAUGGCCAUUGUGAGUCAGAUCAUGUCCCCGCUGUUGCCCGUGGCUUUGGAAGUGGGACAACUUCAUUCAGUGGAUCGACUCAAGAGUCGCGGCAUCUUCUGCCUCAAUCCCAAACGUAUUGCUAUCGCUGGGAAAAUACGUGUGUUUUGUUUUGACAAAACUGGCACUUUAACCAAGGAGGGCCUCGACUUUGUUGGUGUCCAUUGUGUUUCCAAGGUAGAAAACGAGAACUCGGUGUUUGAACCAGUCGUCUUACAUGAGAAGCGAGAUAUUGAAAACACUACUGUGUUGCACGGACUGGCUACAUGCCAUGCGCUGUCCAAAUUUGAAGGGAUCUUCGUCGGAAAUCAAGUUGAGGUGAAUAUGUUCAAAUCUGUUGGCUGGGACUUCUAUGAACUUGACGAUCGAUCAGUGGUCGUUCGCAGUGACGAUGGAAAAGAGUUGAAGGUUGUCCGACGAAAUGAAUUCGAUCAUGCCCGAGCAACCAUGAGCGUUAUUGUUCAAGAUGAAAGGGAUGAGUUUCACAUAUACUGUAAGGGAUCCUUUGAGAGAAUCCAAGAGCUUAGUAAAGCAGGUACUUUACCUUUGGACUACAUAAGUACAGCUCAAGCUCAUGCACUAGAGGGGUGCUACGUCUUAAGUCUCGGAUACAGGAAACUGAGCCCUUCAGUGUCUCCGAAGGAUGUCCUGGCACUUUCCCGUGAAGAAGUUGAAAAAGAGCUGGAUUUUAUAGCUCUGGUUCUUUUCCGUAACGAGCUGAAACCUGGCAGCAAGGAAACUAUCAGAGCCUUGAAAGAGGGCGAGAUCCGGCCUAUCAUGCUGACGGGGGACAAUGCGCAAUGCGGACACUAUAUAGCAAAGCAGUCAGGAAUGGUGUCAUCGCACGUUCAAGUCUUGGUGGGCGACGUUGUAAAAGAAAGGCUAGUUUGGAGUCCUGUAAAAGCCGAAUCUUCAACUCACAGGAGCUUCUCAGAAGUCCUUGCGAGGCCACUUUCCACUGAAGAGAUUCUAGCACAGCACAUUAAAGGACUCGAGGGAGGCAUCAUAGAGCUCGCCGUGACGGGAAAAGCAUUCAAUUUGCUCAGGACCUCUGAAGCAAUGGACAGGCUUUUGUUACACACCCGUAUUUUUGCGCGUUUCACACCGUCUGACAAGGCGAGGGUUGCAACAAUGCUCCGAGACAGAGGCUUGAUUAUCGGAAUGUGUGGAGACGGUGGUAAUGACUGUGGAGCAUUACGGGCUGCUCAUGCUGGUAUCGCACUCAGCGAGGCUGAAGCUUCUGUUGUUUCUCCAUUCACUUCCAAAGACAAAUCAAUCGAAUCAGUUGUUGACUUGUUACGAGAGGGGCGGGCUGCUUUGCAUACAUCGUUUGCAUGCUACAAAUUUCUAAUUAUCUACGGACUCAUGUUUUCCAUCCUAAAGCUGUGUGCUUAUUGGUAUGGCAUUAUUCCAUGCCAAAUGGACUAUUUCUUUAUUGACGGUGUUGCGGUGUUAACACUCGGGUAUGCAAUGACUUUAAGCUAUCCAGAAGCUAAGCUGGGGAAGGAUCGGCCAACUUCAAGCCUGCUGGGAGCUGAAAAUGUCGCUUCCGUUUUGGGCAUUUGGAUUAUAAACCUGUGUUUUCUCAUCGCAGCAGUCGUGAUGAUGGCGAACGAUCCCAAUUAUGUCAAAUGGCCUGCUUCAUUUUCUCACGAGGCAAGCUGGUGGACACUAAGUGAUAACUGGGAGUCGACUGUGCUCUUCUUCACGAUGUACUUCCAGUUUAUAACUUCCGCAUUUGUCUUCACAUUCGGGUCGGGCUUUCGGAAGAAUGUUUUCAACAACCAUUUGCUGAUUGGAUCUUAUGCAGGGCUCGUCAUUCUGUUUUCCUUCCUCUUGCUUCUUCCACACAGCUCUCUCACCAGCUUGUGGCACGUAGCCAGCGAGCAAUUCAACAGACUUGGCACAGACUCUCCAGUUUGGAUCUUAUAUCAGAAAGCUGGAGGAAAUCCGUCACCAGCAAUGCCACUGCGCUUUCGACGGAACUUAUGGCUAAUUAUCAUCGCAAGCAUGAUUGGGAAUUGUUUGUGGCAAAAGCUUUGUGUUGACGGCUUCAUAGCAAAGACUAUAGCAAAAAACCAUCCCUCAAAACGGCCCACUUUCCAUCUGUGACGGAACCAACUAUGAUUUUCAAUUGAUCUUACGCGUAUACACAGCUUAACAAUCUUAUCUACGCAAUGCCAUGGUAUGAGAUAGCUUUUUAAAGACUAUUAAGCCUUUGUGUUCUUCGGCUAUGGUGGCCAAUACCUUGGCUAUCGAUAGCUGAUCAACACAGCGGCGUCCUCUUCUUCAUCAGCCGAUUAAACAUGACAACGCUUCCCAUCU